AUAAAUAAAUAGGAGUGGAGGAAAAUUGAUUAAAACAUUCAAAUAUUAAAUUAGGAUGAGGGUUUGUGUGAUUAAUUUGAUCAGAAUAUGCUAGUUCUCAUAUCCAAACAGUGGGCAUUUCAUUAACAUCGAAGUUUCAACCACAGCUGAAAACAGACCCAUCGAACAAACGGGAUACUGUGAAGAGAGAAAUAGCAACCGCAACAAUGGGAGGAGGAAUGGAGGCAAACAAGAACAGGUUCAUAGAGGAAUGGGGCGCUGCCCGUGAGAAUCUGGAGUACAAUUUCAGAUGGACUCGCCGUAACUUGGCUAUAGUCGGCUUCUUCGGCAUCGCUAUCCCAGUCUUCAUUUACAAGGGCAUCGUCAGAGAAUUUCAUAUGCAAGAUGAAGAUGCCGGCAGGCCAUAUAGGAAAUUCCUGUGAGGUCUUUUCAAAAUUUCCUUUCAACUAUAAUUAUGAUGAAAUAAAACUGAGUGUUCCAUUUUCUGACUUUUGUGAACUGCUUUCAAUUGGAGUUGUAUUUUGUAUUCUGGUCCUUGCUUAGAAAGCUGAAUAUUGCAGGGUAUCAUAAGUUUCUGUUUGAUAAUACUUGCUUCAAUUUAUUGUCACUGGAUCUCCACUCUGUGUGACCAGUUGCAAUUUUAUUCUUCUGUUAAACUUUAAAUUGCACAACAGAAGCUGCACAAUGUGAUAGGUUCUUUGUUACUCCA